AUGGAGAGUUUAGAUAACAUCGGCCAAACGCCGUACGUGAAAGCGACGGGGAAAAAGUUCCAUCGCCAGCCAUCGUCAACAUUGGCCCACUGGAAGCUGCUGAAGCUGUGCUCCAGCGUUGUUUUGGACAUUUCCACGUUCGUAGUGCUACUGCUGCCGAUACUGGCCGAUGCUCUAGGUCGGUUGUUUCGCAAAGCGUCGAAAAAAAAUAUUUCCGGCCAAACGGCACUCGUUACGGGCGGAGCGAACGGGCUCGGACGGGACAUUUGUCUUCAGCUGGCCGGCGCCGGGUGUCACAUCGCUGUGGUGGACUUGGACGCGUGCAACGGCGAGCAGACGGCCGCCGAUAUCCGUCAGCUGGGCGUGAACGCACACUUCUUUAAGGCCGAUGUUUCUUCAUUCGAAGCCGUGACUGUCCUGAAGGCCGAAGUACUCUCGACGCUCGGUCCAGUAGAUAUUCUGGUCAACAAUGCGGGCGUACUACCGCUGAUGUCCUUGCGAGAAGGAACUCCAAACGACCUGAAGAAAGUGAUCGAAAUCAAUUUGCUGUCACAUCUUUGGAUGCUGCGGACCUUUGUGAACGAUAUGAUCGAACGAAAACGCGGACACAUCGUUGCAAUCGCGUCGGUGGCCUCGUACCUACCGAUCGAGCGCAUGAUCGCCUACGCUGCCUCGAAGUACGGCGUUCGGGGUCUGAUGGGUUCGUUUGCUAGCGAGUUGCACAGCGAAGGGGUCGACGAUGUGGUUAAAACCACCACGGUUUACCCUUGCUUCAUUAAAACGCGCCACGAGCUGAUGGAUGCACUGAAACGGAUGGGUAUCAAAAAUCGAGUACCGAUCAUGGAAUCCGCAACCGUGGCCCGAGCCGUCGUCGGGGGAAUUUUGUACAACAAAACCAACGUCUACUUGCCGAAGCUGAUUGGUCCAUUUGUGGGAAUGUACGAAAACCUUCCCGCGCCCGUUGCGCGUCUUGCAAAGAAAUGCUUUCUCAGAACCUCGAUACCGAACGUGAUGACGUGAACCGUGGCGCCGUGUGUCUGAUACUUUGACCGAG